AUUGGACGAUCAACAGGCAAGCUGUCUUAUGGCUCAUAUUUCGACCUGUUCAACCUUGUUGCCUUAGACCAGAUACGUACUGCCCAAAUUAAAACGUGAUGUAACAGAUCCGCCUAGGGCAUGCCAGCGUUGUUCGGGGCUCACCUUUGUGGAGUGUCUGACGAUGUCAAGGCAGCCAAUAGCCGAGAUGAUUGUCGCAGGCUCAUAUCUUCCCCUUCGAGGUACUUUCUUUAACAGCUUCACAGUUGACAAGGGCAUAUCUGGUUGUUACCGGACAGUAGAGGUUGACUGUUAGGCACUUACUAGGCGCACUGGGUUCCGAUCCGUGGUCUUCAUGCAAGUUGCUGGAGCAGCGGGCUAACGAAAUCCCUUCCAGCCGUUGUAGACGAACCACAACUUGCUGCUUGUUUUGGGAGACCACUGGCGCUUCGCUAAAACCCCCAGAUUCCCAGACUACUCUAAAUGGCAGAACGGGUAGACGAGAUGCUGGGGUGCUAUAAAUGUACAGCACGCUACGCUACCUUUUGUUGGGGGUGGUCGUGGCAGAUAUCUUCCACGAUCCCUCGGUUCACUCACCGCUUCUUUAGGUCUUGGUUUAUAGGUACGUUACCACGAUUCAAGCCACUUUUGUAUGAACUUGGCAUAUUUCUCUUCAUUCGGCAGCUUUCUCCCCUUCCCGCCAGCUUUCACACCCACCACACACAACCGGAAAUAAAAGAUACAAUUUGUACGACCAAUAGGUUUCUUUGUAGGCACAACUGCAUACACUACUACUGUGUACAACACGUAGGCGCAACCUCAUUCGUUUCCCAGCCAUGCCCAUGGGGGGUGCGGGUGAGGCCAAACAGAAGCCCACGGGGAGACAUUCCGUCAAAGGGUCAGACAAGAGUCAAACAGCAUACAUUUCUAUCGUGGGAUUGGGUAGGAUGGAUUAAUGGGGGGAAGGGUGGGAAACCCAAACUCCAAGCCACCGAGCCACCGAGCCAUUCUGAAGCGCGUCCCAUCACAAUGGCCCGAGACCUAUAUGUGUACUGUACGGUACCGCAUAGUCCUAUUGCAACAGAUAUCGGACGGCCGUUGCCGUUCUCGUUGACGUCGCUUCCUAGCCAGCCAACAGCAGCAGCAUCCUUCGAACAACCUUGUCCUAAUCCAGAAAGCAAAGCAAGUACCUAUCUACGCAGUAAUGAGCAACGCAACAUGGUAAGAUGGCGUGAAGAAAAGAAAAGAAGAGCAACAUCGUGAACCUGGAUGGUUGGGACCUCUCCAGAUGAAAAAAAAAAAAAGAAAAGGCAUUAGCUACCCUUACCUACGAUGUCUCAUGUUCUCUUCGCCGGUAUUAUCAGC